UGGCAUGCUGUUCUCUCGUUUGUCAGUUCAUGCUCGCGGUUUGGCGUUUGCGGUACGCUUCAGUCCCGUUGGAUGGUUUCAUUGAAACGAUUUUUUUUCGCAUUUCGAACCGAAUUUCGCGUGAUUAUUAAACGAGCCAACGCGAUUUUUAACUUCUCGACUACACUGUAUCAACGACCGACGAAAUAGUGUUCAGUUUUUAUGUCUGCAUAACAAAAUAGUUCGAAUAGGAGUUGUGUGUGGUUUUUUCUCAUCGUACGGUCGGCGGAUUUUUGAUUUUUUCUCAAUUCUACGUUGCUAUAAACAACUUUGAUGGUCUGAAACUCUUUGUGUGAUGUAGAUUUUCUAAAAGACAGAGCGCUAUGGAAUUUUUAUGUAAUGUGAACAUGGGACCACCUUCAUGUUUCUGAAGUCUCUUCAAUUGGCGCACGUGAUGUGGUCGUCGAGGGGCUGGGGGCGGCGCUCCCCCCUCCCCCUGGAUUCUCGGUGCCUGGCGCAGGCUCUCGCCACCGGCUUCCACCGAUUCCUAGCAAGAUUUUCAGGGCGGAGACGGCUGCACUUAUAUCACCACAAAUAUCCACCGCCUUGGGCCUUCCUGUUAUUAGUUUUAGUAUCUUCAUUAAUUAGUAUAGUAGAUGCGUGUUCUUCUCGCACCACACCAAAACCUAGGCCUCCGGUUCCCACCCCACGGCCCAACAUCACAUUCCACACAUAUGAAUGCCCGCCAGCGUAUGCGGCUUGGUACUGCCUCAACGGUGCAACGUGCUUCACAGUCAAAAUCGGCGAUUCUCUCCUAUAUAAUUGCGAGUGUGCAGAGAAUUAUAUGGGACCUAGAUGUGAAUUCAAAGAUUUGGAUGGAUCCUAUUUACCAUCACAACAAAGAUUUAUGUUGGAAACGGCCAGCAUCGCAGGUGGAGCAACAAUAGCUGUGUUUUCAGUAGUGAUAUUAUGUGUUGUGGUGUAUCUGCACUACAAGCGUCGUAAUAAAGCGGCGCGGACUCCCACAGAUUGUGUAGAUAGUGGAAUAACUUCAAUAAAUCCACCGACAUUCGGCACAAGAUGGCGGACCAUUCCGCCCUCUGACAUGACCAUCCGUGUGCAAGAUAGAGGCGACAUGAAGCAGAGUGGUUUUCAUCAGAAACCAGAGUUGCAACAUGUAACGACGAUACUGCCAGCGACCAGCGAACCGUGAUAAGUGAAGUGCAUAGCUAGCAAUUCCUAAAACAGCUCAAUAAAUUGAUGGUGAAGUCGGCUUUAAUCGUGCGUGAUUGAUUAGUGAAUCAACAAUGAACAAACAAAAUUUAUACUUUGUAUGAAACUUUGUAUUGGAAAUGAAGUGAAUAGCACUUUGUUAUAUGCAGCUUUGCUAAUAACUUAUUUUAUUUUUAUACACCACACCAGUGCAGCCUUUAUAUUCUGCAGCUAGUUUGUCAAUAUUUUGGCACCAAAUUCGUAUGAAUAAAAAUGUUGGAUUAUUAAACA